AUGGCUGCUGUGUCUCUGACUGCCAGACGCCAGGAACCAGUGACAUUUGAGGAUGUGGCUGUGAACUUCACAGAGGAGGAGUGGAGCCGUCUGGUACCCCUUCAGAAGGAUCUCUACAAGGAAGUGAUGCUGGAGAACUAUAGGAGCAUUGUCUCAUUGGGACUUCCAGUUCCUCAACCUGACACAAUUUUUCAGUUGAAGAGGGAUGAAGAGGCCUGGAUAGUUGACCCUUGUGGACCUGAAGAGAGAGAGUUUCCAGAGAAUGUCUCACUAGAUUUGGAGAUUAAGCGUGAGAUUGAAGACGCUUCAGAAGAAGAAAUCUCUGAAGGAACACUGAGUGAAACGUUUGGAAAUAGAGAUCUUCAGUCUCCUAUAUUUGAAGUUCUUCUAACAGAAGAUAUGUUCGAAACAGAGGAAGAAACCCCUGCAAUGGAUAAAUACAAGACAUCUUUUUCCCAAGAGAAAAAUUUCCAGCUGGGGUCAGUUUCACCCCGAGAAAUUCUAAUUAAAGAGAGAGACCACGUAUGCUAUGACUGUGGAAAGACCUUUUUUGACCACUCAUCCCUCAUCCGCCACCGGAGGACUCACACUGGAGAGAAGCCCUUCAAGUGUCACGAGUGCGGGAAGGUCUUCAGUCACAGGAGCAGCCUCAGUCGACACCGUAUGACUCACACGGGGGAGAGCCCCUAUGAGUGCAACGUAUGCAGGAAGGCAUUCUUCGACCGGUCGUCCCUAACUGUACACCAGCGAAUCCAUACUGGAGAGAAGCCCUUUAAAUGCAGUGACUGUGGAAAAGCUUUCUUUGAUCGUUCAUCCCUUACUCGUCAUCAUAGAAUUCAUACUGGAGAAAGUCCAUAUGAAUGUAAUCAGUGUGGGAAAUCCUUCAGCCAGAAAAGUAUCCUUACUCGACAUAUGCUCACUCAUACUGGCAGGAAGCCUUACGAGUGCAGUGAGUGUGGGAAAGCUUUCUAUGGCAUCUCAUCUCUAAAUAGGCAUCAGAAAUCUCACACUGAAGAGCCUCGCUAUCACUGUAGUGAGUGUGGGAAAGCUUUUUUUGACCGCUCACCCCUUACUCAGCAUCAGAAAAUCCACACCGGAGAGAAGCCGUAUGAGUGCAAUGAGUGUGGAAAAGCCUUCAGCCAGCGAUGUCGCCUUACUCGACACAUGAGGGUGCACACUGGAGAGAAGCCUUAUGAGUGUGGCGUAUGUGGGAAGGUCUUCAGUUCUAAGUCUUCAGUUAUUCAGCAUCAGCGACGUUAUGCCAGACAGGGAAUAGACUGA